AUGGAUAGCACCACCCAUCAGGUUCCCGAGUAUGCCCGCCGGGUAAAACACACAGUGGUCCCGCCGGCAGAAGAAGACGUACGGGUUACCGAGAUUCAACUAGUCAUAAGACAAGGCCCGACAAGUCAACCAGAUACAGAGUCCAAGUCGAAUGGCAACGUUGAGCCAGCCGCCAAAGACGAAGAAUUGGGCGCCUGGGAGACAAACGAAGGCACGGUCCGCGGGAACGUCGUCGUCUGGCAGCCAAGUCACCAACUCUAUCCACAGAGCGACGACACCGACGUCGAACUCGAACUCGAAGACGACCAAAUUGCUAUAUCAGCCAGCGCAAUCACGACUUUGCAAAUCCCAGGCACCACCUUCAGCUUCGCCAAAACCCUUCACACGCCAUACAUGGGCGCAGGCGUGGUGGACAUUCCCCCCGGCGGCGAGAAGAGACCCAAGAACACAAGAACGAUGCAAAUAGUGUUUUUUGUGCAUUAUGGAAAGGUGUUGGUGACGGUCAACGACACCAGGUUUCGAAUCUCGACUGGUGGGAUCUGGACUGUGCCUAGAGGGAAUUAUUAUCGUAUUGAGAAUGAUGGUGAAGGUCCUGCGAGGAUCUUCUUCUCGCAGGCUUGGGAACCAUGCCCGAGACUUUGUGAUGCUACGGGACCAGUCGUCUGGGUGUCUUGGUAUUAUGCAGCCCUUCCCGUGAUUUUUGAAAGUUGA